AACUGUCAGUCCUCAACAGGCGAUCAUCACAUCUGUGUAGUCUUGUUCAAGGGAAGUUCUGAGAAGGACGGAACACCAUAGCAAUCAUCCCCCUCAGUUUCUUAGGGUGGAGAGGACCAUUUCAGACCCGAGGGUUUGUUGUAUUUUGACACCUCAAAGGAGCUUAUAUCUGUGGGGUGCUGUGCCUCCUUUUGUUCCUGGAUACUUCUUGCCCUACAGAUCCUUUGUUCUCCCUCUUGGUUCCAUAGCACUCUGCCACCAUGAAGUAUUACUAUCCAGCUGCACCCCCCAGGUACAGGAGGUACACAAGAGGCCUGAAGACUGUGCGUUUCUCCAAUGAUGUUGUCUUCCAGGACAAUAUCCGGCAAGGUGACCUGGAGCAGGUGGGGCGUUUCAUCCGUGCCAGGAAAGUCACCUUGGACACUAUCUACCCCUCUGGUAUGGCUGCCCUCCAUGAAGCUGUACUUUCUGGGAAUCUUGAUUGUGUUAAGCUCUUAGUGAAAUAUGGUGCUGACAUCCAUCAGAAAGAUGAGGACGGCUGGACACCGCUGCACAUGGCCUGCAGUGACGGCCAUGCUGACAUUGCAAGAUACCUCAUCUCUCUUGGAGCCCAACUAGAUGUCACCAAUGAUGAAGGGGAGAAGCCAUCUGACCUUAUUGACCCUGAAUACAAGGACCUUGUGGAGCUUUUCAAAGCAACUCGGAUGGACUGAACUUGUACCUUCAGUUCUUUACUACAUGGAAUCCAGUCUCUGUGCUCGGCAGGAAGAUCUGCUGAGUGCCUGAAGGAGGCUGGUAAAGCUGACAUUAGCCCCUGCUAGGCUGGCUAGGGAAACUAUGGCCUCUAAAAGAGGCCACAGUUUGGUUGUGAUAUGUGUGUAAAAGACUGGCUACUUAAAGGUUUCUCAGAGCUAUGCUUGGGAAAUCCCAUUCAGAGUGAAAUAUAUUUUUAUUAUGGCCCACUUCUUGGUACCUGAUGGGGUCAGGCUUUGACUAAGAUGGUUAUAAUGAAGAGGACAUACAAGUCCUGGCGUCACUGUUGUGUGAGAGGUUUACAGCAUUGGUUAUGUGUUGAACCAGACUGGGUACCAAUUUGUACAAGCAUAUAUUUUGCGAUACUCGUUUGCAAUUACUCUGAUGUUGAAUCUCUGCCCACAUUGAAGCAGUUUUCUUGAGAGAUACAGCCACUCCAAGAAGAAUACAA